AUGCACAUCUUUCCGCAGUUGCGGAGACUGGAACGCAAGUACGCCGAAGAACUGAUGGUUAUCGGCGUCCAUUCCGCCAAGUUCCCUAACGAGAAGGAAAAGGAGAACCUCUACAAGGCGGUCAAGCGGUGCGAACUUGAACAUCCGGUGGUCAAUGAUGCCGAAUUCCAGGUAUGGCAGGAAUAUGCCUGCCGGGCCUGGCCAACCAUGAUGUUCAUUGACCCCGAGGGCAAAGUUAUCGGCAAGCACGAAGGAGAGAUGUCCUACGAAGAUAUGGACCGCUUGCUGGGUCAAAUGGUCGCGGAGUUUGAUGAACAGGGCCAACUGGACCGAAAGCCAGUUGCGAUUGCCAGGGAGCCAGAGCCAACAACACCUCUGUCUUUUCCAGGCAAGGUGCUGGCCGACGAAACCGGCGAUCGCCUGUUUAUUGCCGAUACCAACCACAACCGGAUAGUGGUCGCUUCCCUGGCAGGCAAGGUAACCGCCGUAAUAGGAUCAGGUGAAGAGGGUUUGGCCGACGGCGACUUUUCCUCUGCCCUGUUCAACCAUCCCCAGGGGAUGGAAUUGGAAGGGGAUGCACUCUUCGUUGCCGACACCGAGAACCAUGCGUUGCGCAAGGUCGAUUUGGUGGCGGGCACUGUUACGACCCUUGCGGGUAACGGCAAUCAGGGUAACCGUCGCGAAGGGCCAUGGCCCUGGUUUGUCCACAGAGCUGAAUUCGCCAUGGGAUCUGGCAUUUCAUGA